AUGCAGUCAGAAGAGAUGAAAAGUUCAUUUAAAGAAUAUAAGAAGGAUAUCUGCGUAUUCUUUAUUCAUGUUAAAAAUACAGUUUCGUUCAUUGCUGUCUGUUAUUGGUUUUUCUAUGUUGACUUUAUUGGACAUCAUUUGUUGGCUGCAAAAGACAAAAGUGUAACCAAGACUAAUUCUUCAAAAGUUAAGAACUACUGCUUUUUGUAA